AUGUCUGCCCUCCUCCUCACAGCCUUUCUUGCCCUUACCUUCGUCGCCUACCGCCGCCUCCACUACCACCGCUUCCAACAAUAUGCCCACAUCCCCCAACCCCCCACCUCCCUCAUCUGGGGGCACAUGUCCCUCCUCCACAAAUUCAUGUCCCAAAACAGCCUCCCUUCAGACAGACACAUCGACCUCGUCCUCCUCGAAAUCUGGCACUCCCUCAACAACCCGCCCUUAUUCCUCAUCGACUUGAGACCCGUUGGGCCCUGUUUGUGUAUUAUCGCCUCUCACCAUCUAGCUGAACAAAUAUCCCGCCCUUCCUCCCUGUCUGGCAAGCACGACUUCCCCUACAGCGUUCCCAAGUCUUAUACCCUCGGUGACCUAAAACCGUUGGUCGGACACGACAGUAUCAUUAUUAAAGAGGGACAGGAAUGGAAGGACUUACGCAAGAGGUUUAACCCGGGGUUUGCGCCGGGGCAUUUGAUGGGUUUGUUACCGGUUGUCACGGAAAAGGUGUGGAUGUUUAUGAGGCUUUUGGAACAGGUUGCUACUGACGGUCAAGAAAAGGUGGUGAAACUGGAUAUGUUGACGCAAGGGCUGACGGUGGAUGUUAUUGGCGAGGUGGUGAUGGAGGUUGAUGUUGGUGCGCAGGAGGAACUUUUGGGGAAGGCGGAUUUGAGUGAGGACGCUGCUGCUGCUGCUGUUGCUGGUGCUGAAGAGGAGGAUGAUGAUUUGGCGGCAGGGAUGGGAACAAAAGGGGGAGAAGGGGGGGACGGCAGAGAAGAAAAAGGACAAAUGUCCAACUUCACCAAAAUCUACUACCGCCUCAUAACCUCCUACGCCGCCGAAGGUAAACCGCCCAUCGAAUGGUUACAGCUUUUCACCAAACCGUUCAGUCGUCGUCGGAGACAGGUUUUGUCGCAGAGAGUCGAUACUUUCCUGAGGGAAUUUGUGCAGAGGAAACACUUGGAUGAGUUUCACUCCUCCAACCCAUCUUCUCACCACCAGCAACCGCCCAAGACAACCACUGCCCCCAAAUCCCGUUCGAUCUUGUCCCUCUCCCUAAGCGAGCAGGAAAAUUCACCCACUCUCCCUCCCAAAAUUCUCUCAACAACAACCGACGCCCUCAAAACGUUCCUCUUCGCAGGCCACGACACCACCGCCAUCUUAAUCGGUUGGAUCCUCUAUUACCUCUCCAUCUGUCCGCGGGCCCACAGCCGCAUAUCUUCCGAACUUGACUCAAUAUUCAAACCAGGUGCUUCCCCUUCGGAAAUUAGGACCCAGCUGUCAGGCUCGGAGGGUCCGGAGAAGUUGAAUAGAAUGGUUUAUACACAUGCUGUUGUCAAGGAGGCGUUGAGGUUGCAUCCGCCUGCGGGCACGGCGAGGAGGGCGGACGUUGGUUCGGGUUUCGUGGUAACUGAGCCUGCUUUUUCCUCUUUCUCUGUCGGCGGUCAAGGAAAGGGUGGGAGACAAGGACAAGGACGAGGAGGCCAAUGGAACCUCGACGGAAUGGUCCUCUACAACUGCGCGACCAUCAUCCAUCGCGAUCCCGAGGUUUAUGGCGAGACAAAAGAUGAGUUUUGGCCUGAGCGAUGGUUAUCCGAGUCUGAUUUUGAAGGCAAAGGCGAAAUCCCACCAGGAGCAUGGCGUCCCUUUGAGCGCGGCCCUCGCGACUGCAUCGGUCGCGACCUGGCGAUUAUCGAGGCAAAGGUCGUUGUUGCUUUGGUGCAUGGACGGUAUGAUUUUGUUAAGGUUGGGUUGGGGGAGAAGGUGUUGGUACCUCAAGACGGUCAAGGGUCUGAUGAGUACAUGGAGGGGAAGCAGCCGGUGCACGUGGUGGAUGGGACGGGGUGUUGUGUGGUUAAGGAAAAGUUGUAUACGAGGAGACAGGUGACGGCGAGGGCGGCGGAUGGGAUGCGGAUGAAGGUCAGGUUGGCGAGGGGGGUGGUGGGGGGUUUGGAGGGAUGA